UUCAAUUUUUGUGUCAAAAUUUGUGUCUGUUUUCUCAUAUUAUCUACAUUUUGAAGUGAUAUUGAUGACGUGCAUAUGUUGUUGCAACUUUUCCUCCCUUCAUAAUUCCAAGAAUGGGUACGUAAAAACAUGUUUCAUUACAUCAAAAAUGUUCAGUUUCGGCCGUAGACUGUACAGGGGUAUAUUUCAUACAAUAAUUUCGAGAAUUAUAAUUGGCGGAUCGAUAUCAAUAUCACGAAGAAUUGACAAACGUUUUGAACAUGUUUUCAUUUAUCGCACCAACGGUUCCGUUAGGAGAAAGCGUUUCGAAUACACUUCAUGGUGAUGGUUCCGUUUUUGCAUCCAAGUUUUUGCGAGCUUCCAGACGAAAUCCGGUUUAUAGUCAUUUCUUCGGAUGUUAUCAUGAUUGGUACAAUGGGGCAAAAGUUCAUUUCCUGUUAAAGAAAUCCGAAUAAGAGAGACACUGCAGACAAGAGUGGUUGACAGAUCGAUUGACCUAUACGCGUAGCCUACUUGGCAAAUCAGUCGCACUCUUUGGAGGAAACACUUGGCUCGUGUUUGACCCAGAAAUCCUGUGAUUGUUGCAAAAUUAGUCAAAUUAGUCGACCACACGAGAGGUGGCAAGUUCGUCUAUACCUGGGUUUCGUCGUUCUGCUCGAAAAAUCGCAGCUAACUAGUGUAUUCCCUUUCAAUUGACGUGUGCGUGAAGACAAUUCGAAAGGACAAUAUUAUAAGAUGUGGAUUAACGACUUCUGUUCGCCCGCCUCUAUUCUGCUGCUUUCGAUAAUCCAGCACAUCUUAUGGAAUAACUGUCAUGCGAAUAUCCUCGAACCACAGCCAGGUAUUAUACAGCUUGUAGAAGGUGACAUUGUGUUGGGUGAAGCAAUCGACGCACUAUUAAAACAAAAACACAACAGCGAAUAUUAUCGUGUUAAACGAGACACCAUUGCUGAUAGCAUCAAGCUUUGGCCAGGUGGAUUGGUUCCUUAUACAAUUGAAGAUAGUAUCGAUAACGCAGUUAGAAAAAGAAUAAGACGGGCAUUUCGCCACAUAUCGAAGCGAUCAUGCAUCAAAUUUAUACCAAGGCUGAAAAAACAGAAGGACUACGUCAAAUUCAUCAGUGGCAGAGGAUGUUACUCGUCGAUUGGCAGAAAGGGAGGUGCACAAACAAUAUCCCUGGUUCGUGAUUGCGAAUAUGGAGCAAUACAUGAAGUAAUGCACACAUUGGGUUUCUUUCAUGAACAAUCCAGACCAGAUCGUGAUCGGCAUGUUAAAAUACUGUGGUGGAACAUUCAAAAAGACAUGGAAAGAAACUUUAGAAGCUACUCUAAUGGAGUGACUGACACACUAAACCAACCAUACGACUUGAAGAGUAUAAUGCACUAUGGAAACAAAGCUUUUAGCAAAAAUGGCGGUGAUACGAUUAUCUCUAGAAAAUACCCUUGGCUCAAACUAGGAGCUAAGAAAGAGAAACUGUCGGCGGGAGAUACUAAACAACUUAACCAGCUUUACAAAUGCAACAUCAGGUCACGAAGGAGACUGGGAUAUUAUAAUACCUGUCGCAAUGUCAUUUCCGGAUGCUUCCAUUAUGCCGUAAAUAGUGAUGCAUGCGAAUGUAAUUACGACUUCAUGGAACAUUAUUGCAGAAGGUCCUGCGGGUUUUGCUGAUGAUUAUCCAUGCAUUCAUUGCUCGAAUGAUUCAGUCAUUUUUCUGUAUAUACGAAGAUUAUUGCGGGUCUCUCGGGAAACACGAUGGAAAACAUAGCGACUCAAGCACACAGCCACCUUGUUGUAAUAAUCAAACAAAUGCACGUUGCCUGUUUUCUUCUAAACAAGUUUCAUGUCUUUCUUUAUCUUAAAAGACAGAGAAGUCUUUUUGGAAAUGCAGUGCAACACUUUUCGCCAGAAUAUAUAAAUACAAAAGGCAAUAAUUAAUCAUGGAACUACAUGUAAACAGAGCUGAAACAUUACAUAUGUGAUUCCGAGUAAUUCUUUCAACGAACUAGACGCUUAUAGUUGAAAGUAAACUGAACGACACGAGCUCUUCAGUAUGCCUAUUUGAAGAAGGAUGUACUUCUCAAAAAGUUGUUAUUCUUAAUAUACCGUGCAUGAAUCAAAAAUAAAUUUGAGAUUUUAAAUAUACUUUCACAUAGAGAGUUAGAUUUUAAAUAUACUUUCACAU